AAUUGGUAGUCAGCUCCAGAUUCAUGUCUAGAUUGAGGGUUAGCACAAGGAUUUAGAUCAAAAACGGGAUGGUGAAAUGGGGACGAAAGAGAAAGGGAGAUGCUGCCUGAGCAGUCAAGUUGUGGUUCUAUCGCCUUGUAUCACCCCAUCUGGAAUCUUGGGCACAAUGUGGUCAAAGUCCGGGGAUCCCGAUGUCGACGAGUCAAUGCAUUGAUCCUUCAGCCAUGUGGUUUCAUCAGGAAGUAGCUGUUCUUGCUAUCUGGUGAGGGAUCUCGAGACUAUAUAUAUAAGUGUAUCUGACCUACACUUGCCGGGUUCUAUCUUUUCGAUCUGUCUCGCUCAUCAUUUCCAUAAGCAUACUACCUUCUCUGCAAACAUACCCACACCCUUAUUUCUUUUCUCUUGUCCUGCAUAGUUGAUAGGAAGAAGAAAAUGUCUGAAUCAAGUGAUAUGAGUCGUCUGCAGACUCAUGACAUCGAGAUCGGUGUCACUGAUGCCCUCCAGCGCCAUGCAUCCCGCCAUGUAGCUCAACACAAACCCGUCUCUCAGCGUGUACUAGACUUUGAGCGCCGACGACCAAGAUGGUUGCGUGAGUGUGUUGGUGAAGCGACGGGUGUAUUUCUUUACGUCUUCUGUGGCUUAGCCUCUGUCGCUGGCUUCAUCUUAAAUGGAGCAUCAACAGAACCUCCUGUCACUGCGUUUAGUAGUUUCUUCCAAAUUGGGCUUGCCUUCGCUCUCGGUAUCAUGUUUGCUAUCGUCAUUGCUGGACCAACGUCCGGUGGUCAUUUCAACCCGGCUGUGACUAUUGCUUUGGUUAUUUGGCAAGGGUUUCCAUUGAAGAAGGUCCCUCACUAUAUCCUCUCUCAGAUAUUCGGCGCUUUUAUGGCCGGUCUCAUGGUCAUGGCCAUGUACCGAGAGCAAAUUUUGAAGUAUGAAGCAGCUCUCAAAGCUCUUCAUAUGCCGUUGGUGUCUGCGACGGGCCCCGCAGGAAUUUUCUGCUCGUUUCCAGCGGAGGGACAGAGUAUGGGAUAUCUUUUCAUGAUCGAGUUCUUCGUUGAUUCCUUCAUUGGCCUCGUAAUCUGGUCCUGCAUCGAUCCAGCAAACCCCUUCGUGACCCCCUCCACCGUCCCCAUCGUCAUCGGCGUAGGCUACGGCGUCAUGGUUUGGGGUUUCGCUGACAUAACCAUCUCAACCAACUUGGCUCGAGACCUUGGUACAAGAUUCGUAGCUGCCAUCUUCUACGGCGGUGAAGCCUUCUCAUACAAGUCGUACUGCUGGAUUAGUAUAUUGGUCAACAUCCCAGCAACACUGUUUGCCACGGGAUUCUAUGAGCUAUUCUUGCGUGAUUCCAUACAGAUGAUUCAUAAAGGUGGUGUUAAGCAUGCUGAAGGUGAGGAUGGUUUGCGUCGGUAUUUGAGUGAGGUUGGAGUAUUGAAGGAUGAGAAUGAGAUUACUGCUGUGCACAAGAAUUAGUCGGCUGGGAGACUUCACAAUACCUAGGUGUGCUAGGGAAAGUGCUUCCAAGGUUGGCUUCUUUUUAGAGCUUUGGAUAAUUUCAACGGUUGUGGUCUGUUUAUAUCUGACGCACUUUGAUAUGUUGAGUAAUCUAAAAACAUGGUCCUCGGCUACGUUCAAUUAGGGUCUACCAUACCCUAAGCAGAAAUUUGAUGACUGAACGAAAAUCCUUGAACGGCCCGCACACACAUCUCCCUAAUUAUCUAUCGUAAAUGUGUUGAUCUACAUAUCAUAC